GGCAAUUAAAUCGUAGACGGAGCUGACGGAGACGCAGUCUGACUUCGUUCGCGCACGAAUGAAUAUACCACGUUCGCGUAUAUGUGUGUGUGCGUAACUCUCUACAAUAGAAUUUAGUCUCAAAAGUUACGAAGGUCAUAACUUUUCUUAAAAGCAAACAAGCACGGACUCGGCAUCUGUCAGUGUCUCCAUAACAAUCAUCAUGAAACAUCAAGUUUUCAUCGUUUUGGUCGUCACGCUCUUGCUAUACGUCGGUAAUAGUGAAGCAGGAUGGAAAUUUUGGAAAAAGGACAAAGAGACUACUACUUCUACGACGACGACUACCGCUACACCGACGUCCGUACAAUCGGUUACAACUCCGACAAAGGCUACAAUUGUCGGAGGCCCGACGGUGCCGGCUGCAAACCCCGGAACUGUUGUAACAGGCACCGCUAACUCGGGACCAGCAAUUGGCGUGGAUGGUACUCGACCAAAUGUACGAAAUAACGCGCGACCCAAUCGACCUAAUCCAGGGACCGAAGUCGGUCUGGACAUUGCCGUUCCGAGGCCAAACAAACCGGGAGUCGGUGGUGGAAAUGGUCAGAGUUAUCGGGAUUGGGCUGUGGAUUUUACGGGAGCUGGUGAACCAGGCCAAAAUCAACCAUCGAGAACACCUGGAUUGGCGACUAAUGGUGAUCGGACGCGGCCCAAUUCACCCACAGAUUUAAGACCAACAUCGGUAUCAGGAAACAUACCGGUUCAACCGACGCAGCCGUCAGUUGCAGGCUCGAGAAAUACGCCUCAACCACUGCCUCGAUCAACGAGUACAGCACCGAAGCCGACUUCCGCGCCGUCCGUACAGCCCCAUGUAACGCCUGGAUCUACUACUGCAAUACCACCUGCCAGAGCGGGUCAGAACGGUCCUUCCAGUCCAAAUAGACCUUCAAGUGGACAAACGUGGGCUAAUGUCGUCGCUGGUGGUACACGCGGGUCUGCUUCACCUACAGGUCUUCCGAGGCAACCUGAAUAUCCAGGUGGAAACGAACGCAGGACUUUGCCCGGAGCACCAACGCGACCUGAUCAAUCUCCUCAGCCCAAUCGUCCAGCAUCACCGGGAGCUGGUGGUGCU